AAAAAAGGAAGUGACAGCUUUCGGUAUUGGUUCAGUGUAAACUAAAAACAUGUGCAUGUCUUUGAUACGUCAUGUUUUCUGGAGGAGGGGCACUCUGUAGGAGGAGUUAACUAUUUAAACUCUGAACUUUGCUUACUUUCGGUUGUCUUUCAAACUAUCCCUGAAGAUAACAGGACUUGGGAUCAGCUGCACUCGAAGCAGGCACUUAAAGAUUGUUAUGUGGAAACUUUAGCCUGACAGACACAAUGGGUGUGUUCAAAUACUCCCCGGUGGACUUCCUCUUCACUUGCGUGGGGCUGGUGUUCUUACUCCUCGACAUUGCACUGGAUAUCUGGGCUGCUGUCAGUUUUUUCCAGGAAAAGGCCUACGUGAGCCUCGCCGUGCUCAUGCUGUUCCUCGUGGGCUCGUCUGUUCUCGUCCAGGCGUUCAGCUGGCUGUGGUACAGCUACGACGACUCUGACAAGUUAACAAAAGUUGAGAAAUGCCUGAGCGUGGGACAGCUGAAGCUGCUGCAUGUGCUGCAGCUGGGAAUCUACAUCAGACAUGCAGGCGUCGUGGAGCUUUCCGUAUGCAGCAUCUUCUCAGGUCUCGCCGACAUAUCCGGGGAUUACGCCGUGUAUCUGAACCACGAUCUGAGCAUGCUCCGGCUCGUGGAGACGUUUUCGGAGAGCUCCCCUCAGCUCGUCCUCAUGCUCACCAUCAUCCUGCAGCGAGGCGAGCUCGACCCUGUGACAGUGUUGAAGGCCAUCGGCUCAGCCUCAGCCAUCGCCUUCAGUGUGACCACGUACCACCGCUCGCUGCGCAACUUCCUCCCCGAGAAGAAGCAGCAGCCGAUGACCUCGUCGGUGGUCUACUUCCUCUGGAACCUGUGUCUCCUCUCGUCUCGCAUCACCGCCCUCGCCCUCUUCGCCUCCGUGCUGCCCUGCUUCAUCUUCACCCACUUCAUUUGCUCCUGGAUUGUUUUAUUCUUCUUUGUCUGGCGAUCCAAGACCGACUUCAUGGAUACCCCUUGCGGAGAACGGCUUUACCGAGCCACCGUAGGCCUCAUUUGGUAUUUCAACUGGUUUAACGUGGUCAAGGGGAAGACGAGGUUCAGGACUCUGCUCUACCACGGCUACAUGCUGCUUGAUAUCGUCUUCCUUUGCAGUUGGUGGUGCUGGAGCAAGAUGACCACACAAGCGCCAUAUUUUGAAACAGUACACUACGCCAUAGUCACUGUUGUCGUUGUUGUAGGUGUUUAUAUGCUUGGUCUCCUUUUAAAAAUGAUAUAUUACAAGCGCUACCAUCCAAACCAUUCCAAAGAGGAGUUGAAAGGGGAUGCGUCUGAGAAAACCAGAGUUGGAAUGGGACCUACUAGGAAGCAUGAAGAUAAGCACGGAGAUGAGCCGGACGGUGUCGCUUUUAGAACUAUGGCACUGGACAUUGAAGCAGACAUUGAAGCAGACUUGGUUACAGAUAGCAACGAGCCAAGCCAACCGCCGCCUGAGGUCAAACGCUGCAACAAAAGAAUGAGGAAGCUGGCAGAGAACUUCUACUGCUGACCUGCGUCACUUGACGUCCACCACGUAUGGAGGGUUGGGAAGAGAUGAAGUCACGCAGACUUCUCAGCCUGAUUAAUCAUGAGGUUGUGUGGUAUUGAGUUGACUAUCUCCUGAUUGACCACAGGCAAUCAAGUGACGACGACGAUGAUGUUAAAGUCGAGGUUGCUGUAUUCUCUGAAGCACUUUCUGUACUUUCACUGUAUUAACUGGUGCUGCCGUGGCCAAAAGCAUCUAAAAGCUGAAUCACGACGUGUUUGUUCACGGCUAAUCUCACAAACUACUGCGCGAGUGUGUUCUCAAUGAACUCUCACGGUUGCAGCGAUUCAUGAUUUCUGAAAAAAGCCAUUUUAUUUGACGGUUCUCUUUCAUACAACCAUUGACUGUCCUCAAGUGAUCAACAGCUGCCUCAGUUACAUGAAGGCGGAUGCUUUUGUUUUGUCUUACGUCGCCAUUGUUCCGGUCUAGAUUUACACCUUAAUUCCAACACACAGACACGCACACACCCAACACAGCUGAUUUAUUUUAAAGGAUAGGUUCACGAUACUAAAUGUACACAACACUUACAUAAAUAUAUGUAUACUGAAAUAGGUUUUGGUUGCACUAAUGGUUCCUCCAACAGUUUUAGGGACUGUAUGAAAUGUAUUGUGGUGGGGGAGGGUUGGUUGAACGUCUCGUCCCUCUUCAGCUUAAUUUAAAAGAGUCAUCUCAAAACACUAAACGAAACCGUGCGACUUGUAACAAGUUUCAAUCCUGAAGAUUUUCCUGAAAUCAAACCAACUUUUUUUUUUUUUUUUCCACUAUUUAUGGUUGGGAUUUUUUCUACUAAAGUCAUUAAAUGUAUUUUACAUUCAUUAAGGCCACUUUAUUAGGUACUCUUGUGCAAUCCAAUCCACUUCAACUUUUAUGAAGCUUACAAUGUCUCAGUUUUUGUUGACACAGUCUGAGAGGUCAUAAUUCUACUACAACUACGACUACAAGUUGGAUUAAUGGCAGAGUUGUUGUAGUAUUGGAUCAUAUUGGAUUGUACAAGUGUAUCUAACCUGUAUUAUGUGUACUGAAGCUUUUAUUGGUGGCAUUCCAGCAAUAGAUUGAGACUGUCAACCGGUGAUAUGAAGCAUUCACACGAAACGAUGCUUGAACGUAAUCCAGCAUUACAUCUUUACGCCUGAGCUGCUGCAUCGUGUUAGAAACACUCAAAAUCUGAGAGAUUACAGGUUUGACGUGUUGGUAUUCACUCUGUUUGAGUGCCUUUGUUCAACUUCUCACUAAAUCUUACAGUAAAAUGACCAUAAUUUAGGAAGAUACCUGCUUGAUCUGACUACCUCAGGCAGGUUAAGUGUUAUUUUUUAGCUUCAGAUAAACUUUAUAAAGUAAAGGACAGGACGACUGUUUUAGUGACAAGAACUCUUUCAGUGCAUUGUACAUAUUGUAUUAGACCUAUCCUGUAACAGUUUAGAUUAUAUUUUCUUAUAUUUAUACAAACUAUGUCUAAUUAUUCUUUGUUUUUCUGUAAUAAAUAUAAAUGAAGAGAAGUCUCGAGUCUGAAACUUUUUAAAAUUUAUUUACACUGUAUUGAGCGUCUUUAGGUACACAGGAAAACCUUACAGGACUGUGUCGAGGUCCCAAACUGCUACUUUGUAAGGUGAGGGGGUGAUUACUGUAAUUAAAUUAGCAUCGAUUAUUAUGAUAAUGUUUUACAGGAUCACAUUCAGGCUCUCUACAUGACCCUAUGUGGCCUCACAGGUCCUUGAAAAUGAUGAGAUGAGAUGAAGUACAUAAAAAAAACAAAAACACAGCAUUAAAAAUAACAGUAUUUGGCAUUAGAAAGAAAAAAGACAUGUAGAAGAAUAUAGCUCCUUAAACACUGCAUGUUUUUUUUUUUUUUAGCCAUGGUAUACUUAAAAAAAACAAAACAAAAAAAACAGACGUGACAUGCAGACGAAGUAAAGAAAUGAACAGAAAACAUUCAGGAGGACGAAAAAAAAAGAUGCAAAGAUUGCAUAUGGUCUCUCGAUUUGUGUGUCACGUAGAGCUUUAACAACGAAAAGCACAGCUCGUUAAAACAUGCCAAUCACUUUCUGAAAAGAAAAUACUAUGUGUAACAGAUUGUCUCUAAGCGAUGCUAAGCAUUUCACAGCAACAGAAUAAAUGCAAUCUCCUUUUCAAAAGGAAGAAAUCUAAAAAAAAAAUAAAAACGCAAAGCAGACGUGACUGUUGAACAUUUUCUAAACUCCAAAAACACCGAGCGAUCUACGUGAACAUUUCUCUCCCAAAAAUAAAAAUAAAAAGGAUAUAUAGUCAAGAAAGAGACCUUUUGAAUACAGUGCAGACAGGACAAUCAAUUCAAAAAAAAAAAAA